GUCACUUGCCACAAAGUAAAUAGAAACGUCAUCACUGAGCGCCGCGGCCGGUGGAAAAGGUUUGCGGUUAUUAUUUGGCUUUGAAAUUGUAAUUUUAAAGCCAGAGUUUUCUCUUUCUGUUGCCAACAUGACACCGUUUUUUCCGACGCUCGUGCGCACAGUGACGUCUCUUGUCAAGCUCUCACGCUGCUGCUAACACUAACAGACUGCUUUGACAGUGACCACAGGGCGCAGCGCUGUGUGCUGCAGGACCAUGGCUGAUGUGAUGGGUCAGCGGGGCUUGCUGGGUCUGGGGGUUCUGCUGGCCUGGCUGCUCCUGUUCCACCUGCUGGUCAACAUCUGGCUGCUGUGCGUCUUCACCAGCCUGCUGGUGGUUCUGGGGGGCUGGCUCAGCUCGCAGGCCGUCCUGGAGUCCGACAGCGUGCUUCACCUGGAGAGGUUCAUCCCGCUGGAGCAGACCCCCCUCUCCCCAGAAGAUGAGCAGCACCUGGACCAGGAGAUCCAGCACACAGUGAGGAAGAUCAUCAGGGACUUCGUCAGCUCCUGGUACUCCUCUGUGUCCUCAGAGGGACGCUUGGAGGCAGAGCUCCAUCAGGCCAUGUCCUCCAUGGCCACGGAGCUGAAACUGCGAGCCAGGGGGGUCGACAGGAAGGAUCUGGCAGAGAAGAUCCUGCAUGUGUUGGGGGGGCACCUGCAGGACUUCCUGGAAGCCAAAGAGCAGCAGGUGAAGUCCAGCGCUGAACUGCAGCUUCUGUGGGCGGCCUAUUCCAGCAUCAGCACCCCCCACCCCGCCCUGAGCAGCCCCACAGAGGGGGUCAACUACAUCCGAGCCGUGGCAGGUCUGCUGCUGCGGGUCUUGGUGCCCCCCCCUCAUUUGGAGACGCGCAGCGGUCGGUUUGUGGUGGAGGAGUUGGUCUCCUGCAGCGUCCUGCUGCCUCUGGUCGAGAAGCUGUCGGAUCCCGACUGGCUCAACCUGCUCAUCAUUGACGUCUUCGGGGAGUCCAACGUCCCUCUGGAAACCGCUGCAGGAGAUCUGGCCAGUCCUUCCCAGCAUGCACCCUGUGCUGAGCUUGAGCAGGGCCCGAUCUCCCCCCCUGAACAGGCAGCAAACCCCCCACAGGUGGACUGUGAGGCUCCCGGUGGUGGAGCAGAGGACGGAUCCGGCGCAGCCUUUCCUGAGGUGGCGCCGUGUGAUGUGCUGGACUCUGGGGGGGGGGAGUUCACCCACAGCCUUACUGAGGACGACGCCCCCCCCUUUCUAAGACAUUUUAUGAGAGGAAGCAAGGCAAACCCGUUUUACCUGGAAAACGACUCUGACCUGGACUCUCCUCUGGCUGAGGACAAACCCGGUUCCAUAGAUUCUUUGCUCAUAAUGGGACGGGGGGAGAGUCUGUUUGAGGGGCAGCAGGUCUGCGGCCCCCUUGCUGAAAACAGCCCUGGACUGGAGCUGGAGGAGAAAAUUACAGUGAGUUUAGAGUUAGUGGAGGAUCCAAGAACAGCAGGGGGCGCUCACAGCAGCCAGCCAGACCUGGACCAGGCCGGAUCCUGUGCAGGGACCCCCCACCGAGAGCUGCUGCUGAGCGUGGAGCAGGCAGGCAACGAGCUGUCUGUGGUCAGUCCUCUGCAGGGGGGGCCCUCCAUGCCAGCGUUCAGCUUCGAGCCGCUCUGCAGUCCUGAGGGGCCUGUCCUGAUCCAGAACCUCCGCAUCACAGGCACCAUCACGGCUAAGGAGCACCGGGGUACCGGGUCACACCCCUACACACUCUACACCAUCAAGUACGAGACAUCGAUGGCGUGUGAAAAGUCCGGAGGUCUGCAGUCCGUCUCUGAGGACGGGGAAGCCCCCCCGGCCGACGAGAACUUGUCUCCCGGUCAGCCUGUGGCCUAUCACAUGGUCAACCGAAGGUACAGCGAGUUCCUCAACCUGCAGACCCGUCUAGAGGAAAAAGCCGAGCUGCGGAGGCUCAUUAAAGGGGUCAAAGGUCCGAAGAAAAUGUUCCCAGAGAUGCCCUUUGGGAACAUGGACAGUGAGAGGAUCGAGGCCAGGAAAGGCCUCCUGGAGACUUUCCUGAAGCAUCUGUGUGCUAUGCCAGAAAUAGCCAACAGUGAGGAGAUGCAGGAGUUUCUGGCCCUUAACACAGACGCCAGGAUCGCCUUUGUCAAGAAGCCUUUCAUCGUCUCGCGCAUCGACAAGAUGGUGGUGAGCGCCAUUGUGGACACGCUGAAGACGGCCUUUCCUCGUUCUGAGCCGCAGAGCCCCACAGAGGACAACGAUGGAGAGGUGGACGGAGGGAAGAUGUGUGCAGACAAAAGGAGCAGGUCCCGCCUCAAGCUCUCUGGUAAAAGUGUCCCCUUCAUGAACGGUUCGGAUGUGCGAGCUCCGGUGCUGUUCAGCUGUGACCAGACUGCCACAAUGUUUAACGGGAUGUCUCUGGGAGAUCUGGAAGCAUUUCUGGACAAGCAGGAAAAGCUGUCGGCGGGUGCUGAGGAGGGGGAGGAGGGCCGUCCAGGCUCAGGACAACAGGGAGGCUGUGUGGACGUCCACAGAGCAGAGCAGAGUCAAACACGCGGUGAGAUGGCACUGGCAGAGGUGGCUCUGAAUCUCCUGUGUCUGCUGAUGAAGCAGCAGUGGAGCUGGCUGUGCUCGGAGAACGUUCAGAAGGCCGUCAGGCUGCUGUUUGGGACCCUCAUUGACAGAUGGCUGGAUGUGAGCGUGGCCGACCUGACCUCCAUCAGGUACUGGGUGGUGUACCUGCAGGUCAUCCAGGAGGCCGUGUGGCCUGGGGGGGUCCUGCCUGCCGCUGCUGAACCCGAGCGCAGCCAGCAGCAGAAAGAGCUCACCAAGCAGCGGGCCCUAGAAAGCCUGAUGAGACUUGUACCAGACGCCAUCUCAGAGCUAUUGGGCUCAGAACCGCACAGGCUCAGCUGGCAGACGGUUCUGGACUCUUUCCAGGACCCCCUCAUUAACAGACACCUGGUCUUCUGCCUUCUGGAUCUGCUGCUGGACCACCUGGUUCCUGAGGCGGCUGAUGAGGCGUGGCAGAGGGCAGUUCUCCAGAAUCCCCCAAAGAACCCAGAGAAGCUGCUGGACUGAGGGGCGGAGCCAUCCUGACGUCCUAUCACGCGUCUUUCUGUUUCGGCACCGUCUGUGGUUCUGAUCCACAGUGACCCUCUGAACGUGUCACAUUUGAAGCGGCUUCUGUCUCCUGGUUUGAGCCCCGAUCUGCAGAUGCUCUUCAUCUGUGACAUGUUGAUGCUCACUCCCACAGAAUGACUGGCACACAAUCUCUGCUGGCCCCGCCCCUUCUUGUCUUGAAAUGGAGGAGUUGUUGUGUUAGCAGAGCCUCGGGGUCUUUCACAACAUUAAAGGUACACAUUUAAUGUUUCUAAAGGACCUUUCCCCAGAAAGCUGCAGCACUCUGGUUCAGGAUGUGACCUUGUGACCCACCUGAGGCAGGAAUCCUGGUCCACACCUCCUCCUGGGGUUUCUGGAGACCUCUCAAGCUUCUGUCCUGUUUGGUCUCUUAUGUAAAAAGAAAAUGUGAUGUCUUUAAAGGUAAAGCUAGAUCUGUUCUGAUGUCUGUUCUCACUGAUAAAAUCUCUAAUAUCUACAUAAACACAAUAACCUCAAAUAUUUUACUGAAAAAAAAUACCUGUUUUAGAAAAAAGGUCAUAACUUUAGUCAUUUUACACGUGGAACUCAUAAAAAUUAUCAAAUGUUUGAGAUGUUUAUUUUAAAAUGAGUCAUUUUAUCUCUGUGAAUGUUACCUGUUUUCCACUGCAGUGUAGUAAGUGACCUUGUGUUUAACGCCCUGCAGAAGUUUGCCACAGAGCAGCCGGUCUAAUAUUCUGCUCCAGUCGGAAAGCUGCCCUGAGGAUGCCGACGUCCUCAGGAUGAAGAAACGAGCCGCUCUCAGGAUGUUAGGAAACUGUUACAAACACACGAAAGAAGGAGCUCCUGUUGUUGAUCGCACAGCGGUGACUUUGUUGUUUUGGAGCUUAUUUAUUUGAGCGAAAUGUUACCCUUGAAUCCGUCCGUGAAGGGAGGGGCGAGAAAAGGCUCCGCCUCUUGGUUGUUACCAACAUGUUCACUUCAUCCCUGAGCAUCUUAUGAGGAAAUUAGCUUUUUUUUUUUUUUUUAAAUCUCAGACUUUUGAUGGAGAUCCUCAGAUGCUCGGGAUCAAACCCUCAUUUUAUUCUCUGAUUUACUGAUGAUGCUUGAAACGUGAAAGUCGUGCUUUUGUCUGUAACAUUUUGUGACGCUGCUUCUGUUCUACACCUGUGCUGGUAACAGCCACAAUACUUCUGCUGUUGUUUAAAAGGUCAAAAUAAGCUUUGGCUGCUUCUCUGUGAAUCCUGAGGGGGCGCAGACAGAAACCCCCCUGACUCCUUGUGUGUCUGCGCUCCCCCCUGCGUCUGCGCUCCCCCCUGCGUCUGCGCUCCCUGCCUUUAUGUAACUCUGUAAGCACAAGGCAACAAUAAAAAAACACAUCUCAUAAAACUCUCAUUUUUUUAUUGUUUUGUUAGGGCUGUGAAUGUUGACAUGUCAACGCGCACAAUUAUUAGAACAUAGUUAAUUUA